UAUGAAGUUUUAUAUUCGAUACGAUUAGGAAGGCAAUUUAACUUAAGUAUCGUAUUCAUUUAAUUUAUAAAAAACAUCGCUAAUAUUCUGAAAUACCUGGGUGUUUGUAGGUCACUCAAUGGACAUGAAGUGGAUGGUAAUCCUCCUCCUUGGUAUCUUGGCCGAGACGACCAUGGGCUGGAUGUAUCACUACUCAAACACAUCUAUGAACUGGACCCAGGCCCGUCAGUGGUGCCAGAGCACUUACACAGACAUGGUGGUCAUCCAAAGCCAGAAAGAGAACGACUAUCUGGUCUCCUUGCUGCCAAACAGAAAACAGAGUCCAUAUUUUUGGAUUGGAAUCACUAAAAAACAAAAGAAUGAGACUUGGACCUGGAUUGGGAAUAACAGCACGUGGAUUGGUGAACAGUCAUGGGCAGCGAACGAGCCCAACAACAACAACAGCAAAGAGUUCUGUGUGGAGAUCUACGUGAAAAUAGGAGAAAACAGAGGGAAGUGGAACGAUGAGAAGUGCGCCAAUCUAAAAUCUCCUGUUUGUUAUGAAGCCCAAUGUACGGCAACAUCAUGUGACAGGGGAAGAUGCCAGGAGACCAUAGAUAACAUCACCUGCCUCUGUGAGCCUGGCUUCACGGGAAACAAGUGCCAGACAGCUGUGACAUGCCCCCCUCUGUCUCAGCCUAGUGAUGGAAACCUGACCUGCUCGGGGGAAAAGCUGACAUUCAACUCAACCUGUCGAUUUAAAUGCUCUCCGGGCUUCCUGAUGACCGGCUCGCAGGAUGUUACCUGCAGGGUCACCGGGGUCUGGAGCGGCCCGAGACCUUCUUGUGCAAGCUAUAAACAGGCUCUGUUGGCGGUAGUCGGGUGUGCAGCCUUCUCGGCCUUCUGCUGCAUCUGUUUUUGCUGGAUGAAGCGCAGAAAACGAAAGAAAGUUGCCCAAGUGAGGCAGCCUGAAGAAGCCACGAGUCCAUCCACUGAGGCACAGGGAUGACGGACAACUGGGACCUCGCAAAAUAUAUCUAUAAUGACCCAAAUGCAGUUAUUCCUAUUUAGUACAUGGUUGUAUAAAUACAACCUAAACACCCACCGGCUGCGCAGGCUUUAUGCUACAAUAAUCACUUAGCUAAGCGUAUUUGUCUCGUUAACUGUAUGUUGAAGCUUUAUUUGGAUAUACUGCAUGGAUGUAACACAUGUGCAUGUUAUUCAUUAUCAGAUCACGCAUUAUGUAAAUGUGUUUAACAACAUUAGAGGUGAA